GAUAAAUCAAAAUGGCGAUGGGCACAGUCGCAAAGUAUCUGUAACCUCAAAAAAACCUUGUCUUUUUAUCCAAAAGUGCGUUAGUUUAGUGAAGUUGAUAUUUAAAAAUAGAAUUUAUUUAUUAAAUUUCUAUUAAUAAGAAUAUAAUUAUUAAAAAAAUAAGCAUAAUUUAUUGACGUUGUUUCAAGCAAACUAAAUAAUUCAGUAUUUCUCACUAACAGUUAAUUUUGCAAAUUUAUUUCAUCUAAUAUGAAAUUUAUAAAGAAAAUUGCGAUGAAAUAGUAAUGCUUCCUUCUACCGGUUAUUUCAAAACAAUCAAUUGUCCUUUUUACGAAAGUGGUUCAUGUGAUAGACCCUACUGCCACUUUAAACAUGCUCGAAAAGCAAACCCCUCCUCUGCAGAUGAUACGACUAACAUUUUGGGUUUAUCAACGCCGGAAACGACGGAAACAGUUCAGGCUAAAAUUAACGAGAAUGUAGGGACAAAUUUGGUCGCAACUCCUGACUCAGACGCGUUACAAAAAUUAGUGACAGAAACAGUGAAGAAAAUUCUUGCCACUCAAGAGGUUUCCGAUACUGAUAAAAUUUCUGAAAAUAUUGUAACAAAAGUCGUCGAAGAAUUAAAACCAACACUCGCGAGUGCAUCUUUGGCCUCAUCUUCCACAGUUCCUGAACCACCACUAACUAACGAAGAAUUAGGAAAGCAUACCGGUGUCCCAUCAUCAAUUUCCAAAUGUGUAUACAAUCCAACUCCAAUUGCAGAAUUAAAAAAGCGUCACAUCCCAAUUGCUUCGUAUAUACCGACAAGGGAGAGUAAAGUGUCAGUCAAGAGGAAAAUCUCUCCAGACAGAAGCAAAAGUCUACUCUCCUUUAUUCACGGAUCUGACAAUAAUUAUUCUAGUAACGAACUUUAUAAGCCAACAUCGAUAGGCGCUGUAGACACUGCUUCAAUUCCGAGUUACGUUCCAACAACAAAAUCCGACUCUUCGCCAGCAAAUUCCUACGAUGAUAGCAAUUCUAGUGAAUAUUGUCCGAGAAAGUCAAAGGAACAGUACUUUCCAAAGGUGAAGAAGAGAAGAGAAGAGUACGUUCCCAGAAGAAUAAAGCACCCUCUGAAAACAGUGCAACAAUUAGAGGAGAGCAUAGAAGAAGAUACUGUUUUAGAGUUUGCAAGAAAAUUCGAAACAAUCGACAAUCUCCUUUUGGAAGAGAAGACAGACAUCGAUCCAACUAAUGAAGAAGAAUCCCACGACUACGAGAGUUUAGAUCCCAAAUUUUCCGAUGACGAAUCCGAGGAUGACAAUUUAAUCGCAUUAAUCAAUCAAGUGGAAGAUUUGGAAUCGAAAGUAGAAAAUUUAGAAGAGAAAGAAAAUACAGAUAUUGAACUAUUCGACAAAAAGGAGGAGACUACAGUAGCAACGAGUCAUAAAAGUAGUUCAAAAUCAAGUCGAAAAGAACAUUCUUCAUCGAGUAGUAGUUCCAAGCCUCAAUCAACUGAUACAAAGAGAGAGAAAAGCAGGUCUGAAAAAUCUCAUGUAUCGAAACACGAUGAGAAGAAAAGGGACGAGGGCAAAAGUAGGGAUAAAAUUUCCAAAAGUGGAGUGACUAAAGAUAAGCAUAGUAGUUCAAAAAGUAAGGAACGCUCAUCGUCGUCUGGUGGAAGCAAGGAUAGGAGUAAGGAAAAGGACGCACAUAGGGAAAGAGAAAAGGAUAGAAGUAGCGAGAGGAGUAAGAGUUCAAAAGAUGGUAAAAAUAAGGAUAAUAAGGAUAGCAAGGAUAAUAAGGAAAGUAAAGAAUCCAAGGAUCUAAAAAGUAAGAGCAAGAAGGAUUAUAAAUCCGACAAGGAGAAAGAGGGAUCAAGAGAUAGUAAACAAGACAAGCACAAGUCCGAUAAACAUAAAACUAAAUCCAAGUCAAGUUCCUCGAGUUCUAGAAAAGAUAAACAUAAAUCACAUAAAAGUGAUGAGAAACAUCACUCGAGUCAUAAAUCUAAUAGUUCGAAUCAUAAGCACAGUAGUUCUAGUAAGAAAUUAAAAUCCAAGAGAGAUAAAUCCGAUGAUGAUGAUGACAGAGAUUUUGGAUCUGAAAUCGAAGGAAUGCAUAAUAGUUUCGAGAAUGAAGAAGCAAUGGAAAUUUCUGAUUCUGAUCACGAUGUUGAGGAAGAGUGCUUUAAAAUCUUUCAGGAAUACGAAGUAGCUGAUCAUUCAAAAGAUGUUACCAAGAAACAAUCUCACAAGCGACAUAUCAAGGAAGUUGAAGACGUCGAGGAUGUUGUGGUUAAAAAGAGAAUUGCUUAUCCUUCGGCAACUUCGAUGUCGAGCCAAUUGCCUGAGCGAAAAGAGCCUAAAAAAGUUGUGAAUCCACACCAAAAAUUGUACGAUCGAUGGAGAUUACUAAAAGCAGCGGCAGCGGCAGCAACAAGUACUUUGGAUAAAAAUGAUGAAUAUGUUCCUGAACAGAUAAAACCCACGAGUAGUAAAUAUAUCAGUGAAACAUCAAUCGAACCCUCUUCUUCAUAUAAGAAUGAAUCGCAGCUCAAUGGAAACGGUCGAAUAAGAAUCGCUCAUGUACCAUACGCCAUGUCUCUGGCUCUAGAGAAGAAGAAAGUUUUAGAAAUAGCGUCGAACGCUGUAACGAAGACAGCGGCCCAGACAGCAAAAACUGGCUCAAGAGUUGCUCAUGUUCCCGUCGUGAUACCGCAGUUAAUUCGCCCAGAACCAAUUCAAGUGUCAACGCAAAAGUUUCCACCUAACGUUCGUCAACAUUAUGUGAAUAUGAUGCAAGAUAUUUGUGUUCAAAUUUACACAAACGGCGACGAUGCAGUGAAUCGGGCGACUCGGGAAGAAUUCGCCUGUCAUGAACGGUGUAAGGCUUUGCCUGUCUAUAAGAAUUCUUGUAUGCUUGCUGCGCAUAGAUUGAGAAAGGAAGUAGAUCAGGGAACGGACACUUCCUCAAUGUCAUCUGCAAGUGGAAUAGUUUCUCACGAAGCAGUUCUAGCUGGAAAAUCAAGGGGUUCGUGGAGCGUAAUUAAAAGUAAAAAAUCCGUGGCAGAUUUGCAUGGGGCGAAUCUUUAUUAUAUGCUCUCAAAGUGGAUUUUAACUGAUCAGCAAUUAAAAGAUAAUGGAUUUCCAAGACCUCAUCCGGAUGGACCAAGGGGUCGAGCAAAAGUUUAUGUAAUUAAUACUAGGAAUCAUUCAAUUAUAUCUAAAGUGCCUAACGAGAGAUUUUGUAGCCGUUGCAAUCAGCCCUACAUUAUCGAUCGAUUUGGAUUUCCAGUUAAACAAGAAAAUUGCAUUUAUCAUUACGGUCGUAAAUUUACUUUUCGGGGUGAAGGAAAAUACAGUUGUUGUCAACAAGAUAGUUCUGCGAGUGGUUGCUGCGAUGCAAAAUCACAUGUCUGGGAAUAUGUAGACGUAGAAAAUCUUCGAGGCUACGUCACUACAUUACCAAAAGAGAGCGAUCUUCCACCGGAAGAACAAGGGGUUUAUGCUCUUGAUUGUGAAAUGUGUUACACAACAGAAGGUUUAGAAUUAACUAGAGUAACAGUCAUUAAUGAAGAUUGUCAGGUUGUUUACGAAACGCUGGUCAAGCCUGAACAUCCUAUUCUUGAUUAUAAUACAAGAUUCUCAGGGAUAACUGAAGAAAAUAUGAGAGAUGUUUCAACGACACUACUCGACGUUCAAGCAACACUUCUCACAUUGUUUUCCGAUAAAACUAUUUUAAUAGGUCAUAGUUUAGAAAGCGAUUUCAAAGCGUUGAAACUUAUACACGACACGGUAGUGGACACUAGUGUUAUGUUUCCUCAUCGAAAUGGCUAUCCACAAAAGAGGGCACUUAAGAAUCUUUGUUCGGAAUAUUUACGAAAAAUAAUACAGAAUGAUGUUGGUGGACACGACAGUAACGAAGACGCAAUGGCUUGCAUGGAAUUAGUUUUAUGGAAAGUUAAAGAAGAGGCAAAAUUAAUUUAAUUUAUAAUUUACAUCUUGUUGGGUGCACCAAAAAGAAAAUAAAACAGUGAGGGUCAUUGUUAAAAACCGGAAUGAUUUAGUGAAUUUUUCUUAAUCUCAGUUAAAUAGUAUUACACUAUUCUACUGCCAAAUGUAUUAUAGCUUUCAUGUAUAAAUAUGUAAUAUAAGCAAUUGAAAUUCGUACUUUCUUUAAAUAAUUUGUAAUAUCUGUAUUUUUCGAGAAAACUCGUUAAUUGUUUUCGAUUUACACGUGCAAAAACCAAAAAAAAAAUUUUGACAGCUAUUUUGACCGACCGUUUUCAAAGUGACAUCGUUAUUCUUGUCCUAUAAUAUUUCAAUUAAUAUUUUUGUACUGCGUUAAUUAUUUAUAUAUAUGUACUACUUUAGGAUACAUUAAAAUUGACAAAUAAUUUAAA